AUGCGGGCCGCCAGCCCUGUGCGAGUAGCUGCACGGUCACCUAGCAGCCCUCCGCAUCCAUCAUUCCCACAAGAAGGCUUGGUGUCGGGUGGGUUUUCUCGGACUCAGGAUGCGGCAUCCGCCGCUGGUGGAGCACGUCGCAUGCGUUGGUCACAAUUAAUGAACGCAAACGCACUGCGGGCGUACUUUAGGGCAAAAGGGGAAGAAACUGGAUGUUUGGCGUAUCGGGCUCGGAUGCAUCGCUUUUUUGCAGAGCUGGAGCCAUCUCUAUCCGUCACUGAGCAAAACCUGGCAGACCGAGUUCGGUACAUCCUGCGCUCCAACAUAUUUAAUGAGGCCGAACUCGAACGACUACGACACGAUGGUGGAAUAGUCUCCCACGAACUAGAGAAAAUGAGGAGCAUAUUGGAAGAGUCGAUGCUGGAAACGCGCAGCAUGCCUCUCGAAAAUCGACCGCGACUUCCCCGUAUACCCCUUAGCAGGCGAAAUCGGGAUGUCGUGCGGGCUCUUAACCCACUGCUGGUGACCUAUUUGGAAGCCAGCCGGGACCUUUGCGAGACGGACUCAAUUCUUUUUGGCGCCGCACUGGCAGUAUGCCGUAUUAUUGGCGCCAAACUUCCCAUGGCUGGACGUGCUACUCUACAAAGUAGCGCCAUCCCAGCCUGGAGAAAAAGAAUCGAGGACCGUAUCGCAAAGGCAAAGGCCCUUAUCGGCAGACUGACAUGCUUCAGGUCGGGUAAUAAUAGACCGAAAGUUGUGCGCACCGUUAGAAUGGCGUUUGCUGGGACAAAUAUUAGUUUGUCCCAGCCGGAUAUCACGCAGAAGCUAACGGAGCGCAUAGAUGACCUGAAGCAAAAAAUCGCUGCUUGGGGGAAGCGGAUUCGAGCGAGAGAGAAAAUGAGUAAUGCAAUAUGCCAGGGGUUGCGCUCGCCUAUCCGAAGUCUCGCCAGCCUGAGAAGGAUAAAGACAAUUUCAACAUCAAUAGUCCAUAAUGAGACAAUAUUAGUUAAAAAUAAUGAGGAAUUUAUUAAUAAGGUGAUGAAUAACGACAAGCCAGUAAUAGUGAAUUUUCAUGCGGAGUGGUGUGAACCUUGUAAAAUACUCACGCCUAAGUUAAAGGAGUUGAUUGAACCUCUAGAUAACCUGGACUUGGCUGUCGUCGACGUCGAGGAUAAUGCUGAUUUGGUGCACACAUUUGAGGUGAAAGCGGUGCCUGCAGUUAUAGCUAUAAAGAACGGGCUAAUUGUAGACAAAUUUAUCGGCCUUGUAGACGCCGACAUGAUCACAAACCUUAUAGAAAGGAUGUCCGAGUUGCGGGAUCGUGGCGAUAUGAAACCGACUGGAAAGAGAUCAGGCGCAGGACCAACUGCUUUACGUGCUUUCCGAGGCACGGGGGUGAGACACCGCCAAACUCCUUAA